AUGCCUUCGACAUCCACGGCCUUGACGCCAGGACUGGCGUCCUUUCUCAAAUCCCUCAAGACCAACCCCAUUGACACAUCGAUCGACAACCUGAUCUCAUCAUGCGCAACUGCGACUGCCUACCUUCUCCUCCGUGUCAUCUCCGCCUGCAGAACGACCGAUGCUGCCAAGCUGAUUGAGCGAGUUCAGAGCGUGGGAAGACGGCUGAUUGCGGCACAGCCGAAAGAGAUGGUGGUUGGAAAUAUCGUCAGACGCGUGCUGGGUCUGAUCCGAGACGAAGCCGAAGACGACAGAGAGGCAGAUUUCAACCUGAGCGAGGCAUCUGAAAGCCAGCCCCAGACCCCGCGUGCUGCUGAUGACCCAGCGGAGGCUAUGAACUUCCGUCACGAAGGUUCUCGGUCCAUGACCGCUCCCAUUUCCAUGUUCAGUCUGCUUUCACACCCCGAGCCCGACCCGUCAUUGCCCAGCACGCCCGCCUCCGCGUCGCCAUCCGGACGACUCGGCCAUCCCCCCAGCAAGGACAUCCGCGCUGAGGUCCUUGACGGCAUUGGUGAGAUUAUCGACGAGCUGGGCCAGGUCGACGACCAGAUCGCGGCCUACGCCCUUGACCACAUUCACUCGAACGAAAUCAUUCUCACCCACACGUCGUCGACCACCGUCCAGAGGUUCCUUCUCAAGGCCGCGGCCAAGCGGAAAUUCACUGUAAUCCAUGCCGAGUCCUACCCCAACAACCACGAGGCUACACACGCCACCGUCAGCGGGCAGGUGCCCAAGGACGACGAAAUUCUGAGCACCGAGUCCUUCCAGAAGCCCUUGAUCGAGCUAGGCAUUACGGUCAUCCUGAUCCCGGAUUCCGCUGUCUUUGCGCUCAUGUCCCGCGUGAACAAGGUCAUUCUCGGCACGCACUCGGUCCUCGCGAAUGGCGGUCUGGUCGCGGCCGCCGGCACUCGGGUCAUUGCUCGUGCGGCCAAGGUCCACCAGACUCCGGUUGUCGUGGUCAGCGGUGUAUACAAGCUCAGUCCGGUGUACCCGUUUGACUUUGACUCCUUGAUCGAAUACGGAGACGCAAGCAAAGUCAUUCCGUAUGAGGAUGGGGACUUGGUCGACCAGAUCGAUGUCCAGAACCCCAUCUAUGACUAUGUGCCGGCUGAGUUGAUCGAUCUCUACAUCACCAAUCUGGGUGGCCAUGCGCCGUCUUAUCUUUAUCGUAUCGUCUCAGACCAUUACCGCAGGGAGGAUAUCAACCUCUAA